AGAGACUUGCGUGUGGGGAAGCAGCAGAGGAGUUCUCCACUUUACAGGCACAGACCAAUACCUUCCCCCGCUAUGGAGCCCUCCUCCGAUAUGCGGCAUCCCCUUCCUCACACGCCCCUCCCGGGGCAACACUCUGCCCCCGAGUCUUCGCACAAGAGCUGUGCCUAUUACGCCAGCCUCUUCCUCCCCUCGAAGGAGCCCGCAGCCAGACCAUCUUUCUUUCUUUCUUUCUUUCUUUCUUUCUUUCUUUCUUUCUUUCUCCCAAAUGGAACCCCGUUUCGAUGCAUCCUCCAGAAAUCAGCCUGGACUGGAGGAACAGGCUGCCGCCGGUUUUGCAGGAAAGAAGAAGACAGACGCUGCCCGAUGUGGGUCGGGUGCUGCUGGGAAGGCUCUCCUGGCUGGGACCCCAGAGCCCCAGCCCAUUCCCCAGCUGCCCCCACCUCCCGCCAUCAGCCUUCGCUGCCUCCUGCCCUGCCUGGCCAUCGCUUUCCCCGCCUUUCCUGACUUGCAUCUUCCACCCAACGCACUUUGCGUCUACCCGGAAAGGCUCUUUCCAAGCAGGAAGGCAGAAGAGCCGAAUCUUCCCCGCCACCUUUUAGGCCCCUCUCUAGGAAUCUGUACUCCUUCCCUUUAACCCUUGGAGUGUCUCUGCCCAGGAAGCAGCAGCAAAGGGGGAAAUCUCUCCUUCCUCCUCGUCAUCUUCGCCAGUCCGGAGAGAAGAACAGCAGAGGGAGGCAUUUGCUAAAGAGACCGGAAGCAGGCUCUCUCCUGCUGGGGGCUCUUUUCCCUCCACCUCCGCCCCCUCCCGCUCCCCCGUCCUUCCAAGCCCUUUCCAGUCUUGCCUUGCCUUCCUUCCUUCCUUCUUUCAGGUCCCUGGGAGUCCCUCUGCUGCUGCACCCCAGCCGCACUUUGAGGACCCUGGGAGGGAGCUGCUGUGCUGCGGCUGCAGGGAGAAGCAGAGUUCUGCAUAUUUAUUAUUUUGUGGUAUAGAAACUACAACAUCUACCUUAACAAAGACUCAUUGGUCUGUGAGACUAAGCAGUGACUCUUCUUUUCCUGGGAAUUAAUGUUGUAUCAGAAAAAGGAGAAAUUUGGGCCAUGUUAAGAACUUGAACUGAGCUCCAAGAGAACAUGGAUUUGCAAACCCCAGCAAAUAGUGAAUUGUGGAAGGGAACAGAAAAAGAUCCUCGAGCCAUCCAGGCUGGGAGAGACAAGAAUCAGGAAAUAACCAUGCAGAGGAUCCUGGGAGACGUCACCACCAACACAGAUUUCCAGUGCUGGAAAUUCAGGGAGUUCCUGUACCAGAAGGCUGAGGGUCCGCGAGAGGUUUGCAGCCAACUCUACCACGUUUGCUGUCAGUGGCUGAAGCCAGAGAGACACACGAAAGCUCAGAUGCUGGACCUGGUGAUCCUGGAGCAGUUCCUGACUGUCCUGCCCCCGGAGCUGGGGAGCUGGGUCAGAGAAUGUGGAGCAGAGACCAGUUCCCAGGCAGUAGCCUUAGCAGAAGGUUUCCUCCUGAGCCAGGCAGAAGAGAAGAAGCAGGAAGAGCAGCAGAUGCAAGAGAUGUUUGCCAAAGCGGUGUCUGGUUUCCCUGGGGCAGAAGAGGCUCCAUCUGACACCACCAGACAGAGUAUGAUUUUCAGGAGGAUUAUGCCGGAGGGAGAUGGAGCUGCCACUUUGAUGGGUGGUGAAAUGACCAAUAGGCUUCAUUCUAGGCCUUCUUUUUAUGACGGAGCAGAAGCUGUUGCUGGACCAUCACCAGAUCAGGGACUGGUGAGCUUUGAGGAGGUGGCUGUGUGUUUCUCCGAGGAGGAGUGGGCUCUGCUGCAUCCAGGCCAAAGGGCUCUGCACAGGGAAGUCAUGGAGGAGAAUUCCUGGCAUCUGGCCUGGCUGGGUAAUCAGAGGAAGAACAGAAAAAAGGGGGAAGCAUCAAGAAGAAAAACCGAAGAAACAGAGGAGGAGAAGAUGGCAGCUUCUGAGUGGACAGACUUCUAUGCAAUUCCAGUUCAAGAUAAGACUAGUAACAACACUCUAAGCGGAAACAUCUUAAAUAAUAAAUCACACCUUAGUGCACAUCACACCGCCCAUACAAGAGUGAAAACAUAUCAAUGCACAAUGUGUGGGAAUGGCUUCAGCGAUCAGUUGAACUUUGAUGAACACCAAAGAACCCACACAGGAAAGAAACCAUGCUUGGAGUGUAGAAAGAGUUUCAGUCAAGAUAAUGCCCUUGUCCACCAGUGUGUCUGCAAAGGGGAGAAACCAGAUACAUGCUCCAAGUACGGAAAGAGCUUCAGUAAUGGGGAUAAGCUUCCUUCCUAUCAAAAUUGCCACACAGGGGUGAAGCCCUAUACAUGCUCAGAGUGUGGAAAGAGUUACCCUUGGAAGUGCAGACUUUCUGUCCAUCAAAGAAUCCACACAGGGGAGAAACCAUAUACGUGCUCAGAGUGUGGAAAGAGCUUCAAUCAGAAGGACAAUCUUUCUGUCCAUCAAAGAAUCCACACAGGGGAGAAACCAUAUACGUGCUUAGAGUGUGGAAAGAGCUUCAGACGGAAGUACAAACUUUCUGCCCAUCAAAGAAUCCACACAGGGGAGAAGCCCUAUACAUGCUCAGCAUGUGGAAAGAGUUUCCGUCGGAAGGACAAACUUUCUGCCCAUCAAAGGAUCCACACAGGGGAGAAACCGUAUAUGUGCUCAGAAUGUGGGAAGAGUUUCAGGCAGAAGGACAAACUUUCCGUCCAUCAAAGAACCCACACAGCAGAGAAACCAUGCUUGGAGUGUAGAAGGAACUUCAGUCAUGACGAUGCUCUUGCUGGCCCCCAGUGUGUCUGCAAAGGAGAGAAACCAGAUACAUGCUUCAAGUACAGAAAGAGUUUCAGUGAUGGAGAUAAGCUUCCUUCCUAUCAAAAUCUCCAGACAGGGGAGAAACCCUAUACAUGCUCAGAGUGUGGAAAGAGCUUUAGAUGGAAGGGCCACUUCUCUGUCCAUCAAAGAACCCACACAGGGGAGAAACCAUAUACAUGUUCAGCAUGUGGAAAGAACUUCAAUCGCAACUCUAACCUUACUCUCCAUCAAAGAAUCCAUACAGGAGAGAAACCAUACACAUGUUCAGAGUGUGGAAAGAUCUUCAGAUGUGUCUCUAACCUUACAGUCCAUCAAAGAAUCCAUACAGGAGAGAAACCAUAUACAUGCUCAGAGUGUGGAAAGAGCUUCAGUCAGAAGGCCCAUCUCUCUGAUCAUCAAAGACUACACACAGGGGAGAAACCAUAUACAUGCUCAGAGUGUGGAAAGAGCUUCAGGCAGAAGAAUAGACUUUCUGCCCAUCAACGAAACCACACAGGGGAAAAACCAUAUACAUGCUCAGAGUGUGGAAGGAGCUUCAGUCGGAAGGACAAGCUUUAUGUCCAUCAACGAAUCCACACAGGGGAAAAACCAUAUACAUGUUCAGAGUGUGGAAAGAGCUUCAGGCAGAAAGACAAACUUGAUGUCCAUCAACGAAACCACACAGGGCAAAAACCAUAUACAUGUUCAGAGUGUGGAAAGAUCUUCAGUUGUGUCUCUAACCUUACAGUCCAUCAAAGAAUCCAUACGGGAGAGAAACCAUAUACAUGCUCAGAGUGUGGAAAGAGCUUCAGUCGGAAGGCCCAUCUCUCUGUCCAUCAACGAAUCCACACAGGGGAAAAACCAUAUACUUGCUCAGAGUGUGGAAAGAGCUUCAGGCAGAAAGACAAACUUGAUGUCCAUCAACGAAACCACACAGGGGAAAAACCAUAUACAUGUUCAGAGUGUGGAAAGAUCUUCAGUUUUGGCUAUAGCCUUACAGUCCAUCAAAGAAUCCAUACAGGAGAGAAACCAUAUGCAUGCUCAGAGUGUGGAAAGAGCUUCAGUCGGAAGGACAAACUUUCUUUCCAUCAACAAAGCCACACAGCAGGAACCAUAUACGGGCUCAGAGUGUGAAAAGUGCUUCUAUGAGAAUGUGCAGCUUUCUGUCCACCAAAGAAUCCACACAGGAGAGAAACCAUGUCGAUGCUCAGAGUGUGGAAAGAGCUUUAAUUGGAAUGGGAUGCUUUCUACCCAUCAAAGAAUCAACACAGGGUAGAAAACAUAUUCGUGCUCAUAGUGUGGAAAGAGCUUUAGUUGGAAGGACAAUUUUUCUGUCCAUCAAAGAAUCUAGACAGGUGAGAAACCAUAUACAUGCUCAGGGUGCGGAAAGAGCUUCAGAAACAACGAAAACCUUACCUCCCAUUAGGGAUGUGCAUGGAACUGGUUUGGUGCUCCCUUCCUGGAGCCUACCUGUCAGCCCCCACCCCAUUACCUGUCACUUCCCUUCCUGGAACGCUGAACCGGCUCCAUCCCCCAGCGUUCAAACCGUUUCGGAGGGUGGGGGUGUCGCUUCCCUUAGUUUCAGAGGAUGGGGAUGCCUACCGGUCAGCCACUGCCGACUGCUGCUCCCAAGUCCUCACGCCGCCGCCUUAGCCCCAUUUCCGCGUGGGCUCUUGCCACGGUAAGAUAUGGGGAAUAUUUCCUCCUCCUUCCUGGCCCCUUGCUCAAAAUGCAUCCCCUCACCACCACCACAACUGUUUUUACAAGAGGAGGAAAGCCGAUGACAACUUCUGGCGACGAAAGGAGGAAGGGGCAGCAAGGAGGUAUGCAGCCGCCCCAUGGAUUUUCCUAAAAAUGGAGUGCCGGCAGGGGAAAAGUGGGAAAAAGAGGGCUAAGUGCACCCUCCCCUGCCCUUAAGGAGCCACCCCCGCCACCGCCAUAUCAUGGUGGAGCUGUUCCAGGAUCAAGCCUUGUAUACAAUCUGAAUGUAUGACAGUCUUAAAAGGCCUUGUUUAGAUUCUGCCUUAUUUUUAUUAUAAUUCAAUGUGAAGCAGAAAAAAGUUUUUUAAAAAACCAAUUUUAGAAAUAAAAUAGAACUGUGAAAUACA